AUAAAUAUUGAUCUCAUUUGCAGUGACAUCGAGCGUGACAUCUUUAAAGAGCAGGCUUUGAGGAAAUUCCCGGAAAUUGCAAUUGUUAGUGGCGACCUCGCAGAGCCAGGAUUCACUUCGAAGUAAGAUAUUGAUACGUAAGAACGUAGUUUUCCCGUGUGGGUUCUCUGCAGCUAAAAGGUCUGGCAUCGGACCUCCAGCGGGAUUCGAUUUUCCUUCUGUGUCGUGUUCCUGAGAUGAAUUUAACUUUGAAUCAGCAGAAAGAUACAUGUUUAGGCACAUCUUCGAUUCCCUGUGGAAAAUAUUUGAAUCUCUGUAAAAAAACGCCAGACUUAGUACUUUACUUUGCACGAGGAAGCCAAAACGUUUGUCGAAUAGAAAAUAUACAUAGGAAAUGGUACUAUUUGCGAAACAUGUGUUUGUUAUUCUACUCAGGCGAUGGAGUCAUUCGACGAGAAGUUUCGCAAUCGUCCAGUUGACACCUAGGCUAAUUCUGAGAAUAGUGGUGUUAGUCACGAGACUACAAACCUCCCAUUGAGUACUUUUAAGUUGGAAGAUUUUUUUUUUAUUAUUUUUUCGAAUGAACACAGUACUAAGAAGAGGUGGAGUUUUAUCUUGUGCGCGUUUAGUUUGUUUAUUUCCGAAAUUGCCUCCUAAUUCAUGCCGAUGCACAAUCUUUUCUCAAUUUAAAUGGCUUUGAUACAGUCCGUUUAAUUUGAUUUUUCGAUCAACUUCCUCCAGGCUAAAAUGAAGAUCAAACAAUUGUUAGGACUCAUACUAUUAUGGUGCAUCGAUGAGUGUUACGGCCAAGGUAUCACUAUAGUCAACAACUGUACUUGUAAGACAUUCGAUGGAGGAAUCUACAGCUUGAUGCCGCUGCGUAGAACAGACGGAAAACCAAGGUACACAAGGUUGUCAGUACAAUCGACAGUUCACAAGAUAAUUUUUGCAAUCAACUGAGUUGAUAAUGUAUAUUUUGGCCACCGUAAAGAGUUUCUAAAGCUGACGCCUCGAGCGUUAGCCCCUCGUCAUUCGCUCUGAGGUCAAAAACCCCAAUAUCAGCUUUAGAAACUCUCUACGGUGGCCCAAAUAUACAUGAUUAACUCAGUUGAUAAAACCAGAUUACUUCGUAAUUCUUAAGUUGAUGAUAACAUGUUUGUAUCAAGUAGAUAUUUGACCUAGGAUUUUCUCAGUUUUGCCCAUGUAUUUGAGAGAUAACUCAUAUUUACUGAGUGUACUGACAUUUCGAAAGGAUUACGUGACUCAGACGGUUUCUCUCAAUGUUUUUAAAACAGGUUUUUGAUUGCUGGCAAGAAAUAUCCUGGUUGGCGAUACACGUACAAUCCUUGUACGCCUGUAGAUGUGGGAGAACAUGAUCCUGAUGCCGAUCCUCACAAAAUAUGUCGAGAUGUUGCUGUGAGUUUAUCCUGUGACUUUUGACUGAUUUUUUCUUAAAACUGAAACGCUUCCGUUACUGCUGUUAUCACAAUUGCUUUUGUUUGCUUUUUUCUGUUACUGAUAAAAAUUUGUUGUUUUAAUGAUGUUUGUUGUUUCUGUCGUUUAGUGAAGUUUUCUGUUGUUUUAACUGUAGUACUCUCUUCAUCUUUUCUUUUAUACCUCCUUGCAGACCAAUAAUUGUUCAUUUCAAUAUGACAUAGUUACUUUGGGAAAGGUUUUUAACGAUUUCUUUUUUGAUAUCUGAAUUAUUUGAUGAGAAUGGUAACUUUAUGCUCAUUGUUGUUCUUAGCAAUAAAUUGUCGUUUCGAUCCCUCCAGAUUUGCAAAUACGCCGAGAUUGAAAAACCGCGCGAGUACUUUGAGGUUGGUUUGCAAAAAGACAUCAUGUGUGACAUAAACCAAGAAGGACAGAUAGAGCUGGUGUAUAAGACCAAGUAAGCUGUAUUCUGAUUCCUUGCCAUGUAACUAAUUACUAGUAGGAAAGAUUUCCUUCUAUUAAGCUUGUUUGUUGACUGAAAGGCAAAGGAUUGCUGAUAUCACUUUCGCAUCUUGAUCCGGAAUCCAUAAGCAUGUCAUUACGAUGCAUCGAUCGAGAUUAUAAUAAAUUAAACAUUUUUCUAUGCGCAAACUGGUGACAGCAACCGCUUCUCUGAAUUUCUUUGGGCGAAGAAAUAGAAUUUAAACCUUCGAGAAAUCUUACGUGUGCCAGGACUAAAAGAAAUUAAGAGCGAAUUUUUUUUAUCACCGCGUGGGAGGUGGCACAUGAUCGGAAAAAUCACUAUCCUCAUAUUUCGCUCAGAGAUACCUUAGGGUAAGUCUAUAAACGUGGUAUAAUUUUUUUGUUCAGAGCUGUUUUUAUUUUCUAGAAAAUCACCAAACACUGUAUCGAGCCCCAACCGCCAUAAAAUGACCGAAAUGAAGUCGACGAGUAGGGCAACAAAACCUUUAUUUCUCAAAAGCGCAAAAGAAAGCAAGUCUUUCUGAAUUUUACCUAUUUGUAUACGAGGUAUUAAAAAAUGAUUUGAAUCUAAUAACGGGCUUGUUGACAUAACUAUGAAUUAUUGGCGAAUAUUUGAAAAUAGCCAAAAUUUGAUUGAUUAAAAAUUACAUUUUGGAGCAGUUUUUCAAUAAAAAUUUUUCCUACCUGGUAUAACUCGGAAUCACUUGAGAUGAGCAUUUUUCCAAAGUGGAAAGAAUGUUCUUUCCAUGGAUAUAAAAAUUAAUUUGGGGCUCUUAAUUACUGCGAAGAAGUAGCCCGGUCUAUUUCGUGCAAAUCGCAAUGCCGCCAUGUAAACAACCGCAGAUAAUCCAAUUAGGCUUUUUAUUAUCGAAGCUAUAAUUCCAACAAAAUCUUAUCGCUUUGACCUAUACUAGAUUGUAAACUGGAUUUCUUAGGCUCACCUGGCGAAAAACACCUUUCUAAGAUUGGUUCCUUGCCUCAAUCUUGUUAUAAAGAGACUUGACAACAGCUUCGAUAGUACAGCACUACAGGCGGUGUAUACCAAAUCACAGUGAAAACAUCUCACGAAGGUUCCUGCCGGAAACGUCGCAUUACUGGACAGUUAUAACCAUAUUUCAGCUUGGAACACUCACAUUUUACAAGUCUUCCUUUCACAAUAAGAAUGGAAGUUUUUUUUUAUAGAACGAGCCAGAGCAUCCUGACAGAUGAAAUGAAUCAUUGACGUUCGUUUUUUGCGAUGGUGUCACGCAAUAACAUGUCACUCGAAAGGAGGCUCGGUUACCAAUACGCUCUUAUUUUGUUUCCUUCUUAUCCCCUAAUUUUUUAUUUCCGGGAAAAAGUUUUAAAUCCAGAAUUUAAAAUUACCGUUGUUUGCAUUUUUUAAGCGCGAUACCACUCAUGCGUUACCCUAGACUGCUAAAUGAAUUAGGUAUAUGUUACUACAGCAUAGAGGAAAUUUCACUGCAUUAAUUUUUAACGACGUAAAAAAAUGUGUUAUCCUAUUUUGUAAAUUGUGACGGCUUGCAGGGUAGACAGAGAUAUCGAGAUACCGAAAUAUUGGAAGGCAACGUGAAUAUCGAUGCCCGUGCUAAAAUGAGAUCGACUUCCGAUUCAACAUCAUUCAUGCCCACAGCCUGUUUGUGUGCUGAGAUGUCUUUCUCACAUAAGCGCAGAGGGACUAUAAGAGAAGCAGGAGUGGAAAAAUUAAAUUGGCAGUAGCUUUCUAAAAUACUCAGUGCUAUAAAAAUAAAUUAGAUUAGGCACAGUUUCAAACCUUAUAAUGAGCGUCGCGCCAUAAAUUUUCCAAAGCAAACUAAAAUGGUGUUUUCGUUUGGCCGCCGAUUUUUUUAAGAGGUGAGCGUACCAAAUGGAAAUCAAUUGCUCCUUUCAAAGAUUAGUUGGGGGAUGCUGCUCCCAAGAUAAGCGAAGUCGAGUUGCAGGAAAAGCUUCUCUUAUAGUCCCUCUGCGCUUAUGUGAGAAAGACAUCUCAGCACACAAACAGGCUGUGGGCGUGAAUGAUGUUGAAUCGGAAGUCGAUCUCAUUUUAGCACGGGCAUCGAUAUUCACGUUGCCUUCCAAUAUUUCGGUAUCUCGAUAUCUCCGUUCAUCUUAAGCUGCCUUACGUGAGCAAGAUCGAAGCCCUUUGUUUUAGCUGUACCUGUCAGCAGUGACAAACUACAUGUAGCUUGAAUAUUGGUUUCAUUGACCAGGAAAACACCUAAAGUAUAUGACACUGUAUUCUUUUCCUUUCCUUACUUUCUUUCUUUCUUUCUUUCUUUCUUUCUUUUUUUGCUUUAUAAAACCCAUUCAGUUAGCUGGUAUGGAGGAACUUCCUGAUUUCUUAAAUCUCCGAAGGUACGCCGCCUCUGUCUUGUCGAGAAUUCGGGAUCUCAAAGAAUGGCCGAUUAAUUGUUUGAUUAAGGGACGGGAAACAACUUUUUUCCGAGUUCGAGUUGAGAAAACUGUCAAGUUUCUAGCGAUGGCCAUUAUCAUCGUAGCAAUCAAGGUACAAAAUCGAAAGGUUUAAAUUGAUGAGCACGCUAUCGUAAGGAAAAUUAAAAAAAAACAACAACAACAACAAAAACAAAAAACAGAGAUUGUGUAAGUCCAAAGCUUUAAAAAAUGUGAUUGUAAUGACCUACAGUCAGGCGAUAUCAAAUGACACGUAAUGUCUCGCGGCCUGAUACAAGCGGCCGACUUUGUGACUCGAAGAUUUACGUUUUUAGUGAAGUUUAACGUUCAAAGUGCUUAGAUAAAGCACGAAAUUGUUAGUCUGUUGUUCUGUUUACAUAGUCGGUAGAAUUUUUCCAGUGUCAUUAGAAAAGAACGCCUCACCGUGGAACCUGUCUGCCUGCCACUGAAGGUCAUGGUAGACCUUAUCGAUCCACUAGGGACACGUAGGUGAUGUAUAUAAUCACGGAGCACUAGACAAUUAACUUCCAACUAGUUGUUUUAGUUAACUGGGAAGUUCGUCAUUUGAGAGGUUACGCAUGACGUUUGUUUUUCCCGCGAACGUCAAAAAUUCAAUUUCUGUCGUCUGUCUCUAGGCGUGUGUACACGGAAUUAAGUAGGUUUGAUUUAUUUUAUUUUAUUUUUUGUGCAGGAUUUUUUUAAGAAUUCCAUAAAUAGGUAACAAAAUGAAAGGCAAGCUUGCGUUUGCCGUUUGCCGUUAAACGUCAUGCUUAAAGCGCCUAUUGAUAAAUAGAAUCUUUGCAAGCGCGUAGUCGUGGAAAUAGAGUCGAUAACAACGCAUGUAUAGUCAGUACCAGGGGGUGACUAAAUUUACGAAAACGUCAAAAAGUAGUUUUUCAGAAUGGCACUGAUUCAAAACACUCAAAAGAGAUCUACUACGUUUUUUAAGUGAAUUCGCGCAGGUUUUUGUUUAAAACAUAACACUGACUAAGAAAUAAAUAUUAGUUGGCCCUGCACUCGGUACAGCGAUGUCUGCAGACGAAUGCCUGUCUGGGUGUCCUGUGCACGUUUAGCGUGAUUGCGUGACAAACAUGAGUGAUGACACACGACUUCGUUGGUGAACAUCGUUGUGCCAUUUGGGGAGCCAAACGUUUCUUAACUGAAACUGUAAGCAAUCAAAGCAUCUUGGUUUAUCGUGCUAAAAAGACUUUUGUGUAUACUGGAGUUGUAUGGAAGCAGAAUAUAGAGUUGCGAUGGUUUGCGAUGAUUUAUGAACAGCUCCGAGUAUUGUAAAUGGUCAAGCCGGACGUUGUAAACACUUUUCAAGUGAACAUGGCGAUUUGAAACAAAAAUAAUGGAAACAUCACUCCUUAAUCACUGGUUCCAGAAGGUAAGGGUAACAUAUUGAGUUUCUGAUAAAGCACAGCUCAAAGCGGUAAGAUUUUGAAGAAAUUAUGGCUUCGAUAAUAAAAGAAUAAUUGGAUUAUCUGCGGUUGUUUACACGGCGGCGUUGCGAUUUGCACGAAAUAGAUCGGGCUAUUUCUUCGCAGAAAUUAAGAGCCCCAAAUUAAUUUUUAUAUCCUUGAAAAGAACAUCGUUUCCAAUUUUCAGAAAUGCUCAUCUCAAGUGAUUCCGAGUUAUACUGAGUAGGAAAAAUUUUUAGUGAAAAACUGCUCCAAAAUGAAAAUUUUAAUCAAUCAAAUUUUGGCGAUUUUCAAAUAUUCGCCAAUAAUUCAUAGUUAUGUCAAUAAUCCCGUUAUUAGAUUCAAAUCAUUUGUUAAUACCUCGUAUACAAAUAGAUAAUAUUCGGAAAGACUUGCUUUCUUUUGCGCUUUUGAAGAAUAACGUUUUUGUUGCCCUACUCGUCGGCUUCAUUUGGGCCACUGUUAUGGCGGUUGGGGCUCGAUAUAGUGUUUGGUGAUUUUCUAGAAAAUAAAAACAGUUCUGAACAAAAAAAUUAUACCACGUUUAUAGACUUACCCUAAGGUAUCUUUGAGCGAAGUAUGAAGGUAGGGCUUUUUCUAGGCAUGUGCCACAUUUUUUUGAUUUCACGCGGUCUCCAGAAAAAUUCUCUCUUAAUCGGAUAUUUUCGGAUCAACCAAAGAUGUGCAUGCGAGAAAAAAAAUUACAUUUACUGUCAAUUCACUUGAAUGUGACCUGUCAACUUAGAAUAACUUUUGCUAGGGCUCGUUACAUUUAUAUGGAUAGACUUGAUCCAAUUUGCUUUCCCAAACAUAUUUACGGUAAUUAGGCAACAAAUAUCUAUGUCUCUUAAAGCUGACUCUGAGUCAAAAUUUUGAACCUGACAAAAUCCUCUGCUUUAAAGCGAUCCUAGUAUCGACAAUCCACAUUCCAGAGUGGUGUUCCUGUGCGAUGAGUCAGCUACAGAGCCAGAUUUUGAAACCGUGGAUGAAGACAACUAUGUCAGUAUACCUAUGUCGUAAGAUCAGUUGCUUUUUGAUCUUUUGAUCGCAGUUGAGCAAGUUUGAUUCCCGACGUGAUACAUUCGUGGGUUUCUAGAAUGUUUGGUUUUAAACUUUGAGGACUCUAAUGGGUAAACUAAUCAGAACUGGCUGAAGUGGGGGAAGUUUCUAAAGAAACUGUGGUGCUGCGUCGGUGGGAGAGUGUAACAGGGUAAUUUAGUAUUAACGUUAAUUAGCCACCGUAACUAACAAAGCUAAUGUUUCGAGCGUUAGCCCUUAGUCAUUCACUCUGACGUAGGGAUAACGCUAAAAACGUCAGCUUUGUAACUCUUUACGGUGGUCAAUUUAUGUUAUCAACUCAGUUGACAAAACUAAAUUAACGAGAACUGGUUCUCCUCGGGCUGAGUAAAAGGACUACAUUUACGAUAGCGGGGUUUGCAAUCUAAAAAAAACCUUCAAAAUUUGAACUCAACAAAACUUACAAAGGGAUUUUAAUUCUAUUCUACACCAUCCCAUUCCAUAUACCACAAAACAUUUAAACUUUUUUUUUUUUUACUUCCCGUGAACAGAUUUUUUCCAUUAAACAUUACUGCGCCUGUCGAAACCGCUGCCCGGCUUUGUAUAAGUCAACAUCGGUUUCUUCUUCUGGCUCAAUGGGAGCAGAAGUUCAGUUGAAGACUUCCACAACAGAUCAUAAGAACGGUAAAGCAUUUGCAUCUGUUAGAAUUAAUCAUAAAGGAAAAAAUCCUGUUUACAGGUGAAAUAGUAAGUGAUUAAUUUCAGAGUACACAGAUCAAACUUGACGUAAUAUAAGCGAUCGAUUUCAUUUAAAAAGAAGCCGUUGUCGAAGACAACACGAAGAAUAGUAUUAGAUAUGCUCCAAGCUGUGUCAAGUUGUUUCUCUUGUCUCGGGACGCCCUCGUUAUUUUGGUGUUUCACCUGAGGUAGUUAUCCGUUAGAGCGUUCACUUUCCGCUGCCUUCCAAGAAAUUUUACGUACAUUAAUCCGUACCUUCUUUGUCUGGUAGGGACAGGAACCACUUUGGCCGUGAUGGGAGUUGCGAUAGGAGCGAUUGCCGCAGCUUUAAUCGGAGUAGUUGUGUGGCGAAAAUUUCAAGCCCGCGGGGAAAGUCAAGAAGCACAGCAACUUAUGGAUUCUUGUAAAAUUUAGCUGUUAAGAAAUUUCAUUUUAAAAGCCAUAAUACCAUCACAUUUUUCCAUUUAUUCUUUAGAAGUAUGUCUAAGAAACUUUCCUCUUCACAGAGGUGUGAGCAUUACCGCUACGCAAAUAAAGCGUAAAGAUUACAGAUUGAGAUCCUGACAAGAAGUAAAAAGCGUAAAACUUGCACGUUUAUUAUCAUUGUUACACAGGGUGAUCUUUGCUUACACCAGUGUUCCUUGAUAGAUAAAGUAACAAAUGCAUCAAAUAUUAAAAACAACCUUAAUUUGCUCAGACCAAUACAAGGAUAAGAUAAAUGAUAUCCAUUAAUGGUAGCUACAGUAACUUCUUAGUAAUCUACAAGAAUAAGCAUUAAAUUGGAAAAAAAAGCGUCUUCCUUCCCCUUAUAGAAUUGGUUUGGUAAUCCGCAAUGACCUUCUUUUAUUUUUCACCUUCAAUUCAACCAAAUAGGUGUAAUAUGGCCGACAUAAAAUUGCUAUUUUUUGUCCAUUGACAUCUUAAUGUUAUAGGUUAUGAGUCUGCAAAAAUACUCGUUUACUUAAGUCACAUUAACAUGUGCAAAGAGCCC